AUGUCAUUUCGAGGUCGAGGUGGCGGUGGUCGAGCAUUCGGGAGUUUUAGACAUUGUGGACGAAGAGGAAAUCGGGGUGGAAGUAAUCGCAAUGGUGGCUAUGAUCAAGGUUCUCCGGAACAAGUGACUGAAAUAGGAUAUUUCACGCAUACAUGUGAAGACGAUAUCGUUUGUCACAAUACAUCGGGCAAAAUUCCUUACUUCAACGCCACGAUAUUUUUCGAAAACAAAGAACAAAUUGGCAAAGUUGAUGAAAUCUUUGGCGGUAUUAAAGACAACGGAUUCACUGUAAAACUGCAAAGUGGUAUUAAAGCUUCCUCUUUCAAAGAAGCACAAAAGGUGUAUAUUGAUUCAGGAAGACUUUUGCCUAUUGACCGGUUUUUGCCGAAUGGCCCAAAUAAACGAGGAAAACGGCAAGUACGUGGUAAUGGACGGGGUGGUCGUGGUGGCAAUGAUCGAAGUAAAUUGCGUGGUCGAGGAGGGAACUCAUUCAGUCGAGGCGGUGGAGGUGAUCGAGGUGGUUUUAGAGGUGGUGGUCGUAGAAAUUUCGGAGGUGGUGGAGAUUGGAGUGGUCGAGGCAGUGGUUAUCGAGGAAGUGAGUAUGGAGGCGGUUUCCGAGGAAAAGGACGGGCGGUUGAUCAUGGCAAUAAACGAAGUUUUGGUGGACGUUCAGAAACAAUCCAAAAUAAAAGGAUGAAAUUUGAUGAUUAG